AGAUGACGCUGGCCGCAAAAAGGUUAUGUUGGCCACUGAUGUAAAUAUAUCGUGCUUAAAUCAUUAAUUGUUUCUAUAGUUUUACAUUCAUGUAAUUAAAAACAUUCAAACGAAUAUGUUUAUAAAAAAUCUGUUUAAGUAUCAGUCGCGUAAAGUAUGUCAUCGAUUUGUACAUGCUGAAACGAAAAAAAAAGUUGCACCACAGUGGUUAAAACCUAUUGGAUAUGAAACGAAUAUUACAAUAUAUAAUCCAGUAGCUAAAUGUAAGGUACCAUUAAUCUUGAAAAAUAAAAAUUUUCUUUCUUGGUACGUUUGUGGUCCAACAGUAUAUGAUUCUGCACAUAUUGGACAUGCAAUGACUUAUAUGAAUUUGGAUAUUAUUAGAAGAAUUUUAACAGAUCAUUUUAAUCUAAACGUAAUAAUGGUAAUGUGUAUAACUGAUAUAGAUGAUAAAAUAAUAGCAAGUUCAAAGAGAAAACAGCUGAACUUCAAGGAUUUAGCAAAACAUUAUGAAGAUGAAUUUAUUGAAGACUUGAAAACGUUGAAUGUUAUCAAACCUAACUUAUAUUGCAGAGUCACUGAUUAUAUACCUGAAAUUAUCCAAUUUGUUAAUGGUAUUGUAAACAAAGGCUAUGGCUACAUUGCCACAGAUGGGUCUGUGUAUUUUGAUACAAGCAAAUAUGACAUGUAUGGAAAGCUUGGAAUUCCAUUACCAGAUAGUGCUCAUCCUGAUAAAAAGUCAGCAUUAGAUUUCUGUUUAUGGAAAGCAUCAAAAGAAGGUGAACCAUUUUGGGAAUCUCCAUGGGGUAAGGGAAGGCCAGGAUGGCACAUAGAAUGUAGCACAAUAGCAAGCACAGUUUUUGGAAAUUGUGUGGACAUCCAUAGUGGUGGAAUAGACCUUGCUUUUCCACAUCAUGAAAAUGAAGAAGCACAAUCAUGUUCUUAUCAUGAAGUGCAACAGUGGGUGAACUACUGGUUACACUGUGGGCACUUGUCCUUAGAAGAUACAAAAAUGUCAAAAAGUUUGAAUAACACAAUUAGUAUAAGAGAAUUUCUAACAAAGUAUACAGCAAAUCACUUGAGGAUACUUUGCUUGCUUUCUAAUUAUAAAAAUGGUCUUAAGUUUUCGGAUCUUGUGUUGAAGAACGCGGUAUCCAUACUACAUAAAAUUGAACAUUUUCUUAAUGACUGUGAUAAUUACAUUAAUGGAAGAUGGAAUAUUGGCAAUGUAGAUGAAGUUACAUUGUUAAACUGCUUGGACGAAACGAAAAGUAGCGUUGAACCCGCGUUAGCAGACGAUUUUAAUACUCCAAAGGCUAUGAAAUCACUCUUGAACUUAAUUGAUUUGGGCAAUAAAAUGUUGCAUGAUCCUAAAGACAAUAACAAGAGAAGUGUGUCGGCUGUAGCUGCAGUAUCAAAUUAUAUAUCGACGAUGUUCGCAACAUUUGGCAUUUUACAUUCCUCGGCAACAGAUGAUCAUAGAUUGAAUAAUGUUGUUGAAUGCUUUGUAAAAUUCCGGAGCACUGUUCGAAACAGGGCUUUAGAACAAGAUGCGAAGGACAAAAUUAUAUUAACGGCAUGUGAUGAAGCACGAUCAAAUCUUUCAGCUUGUGGAGUAACAGUAAAGGACCUGAAAAGUGAAACGGUUUGGAGCAUCAAAAAAUAUUAACAGAAUAAAAUUGUAUUAUAAACCAGCAGUUUUAAUAAAAAAUUGUAUUUACACA